GGCCUUGCAACUGCGUGAAUGAAAAUCGCUUCUUUAUCAACAGAUUUACUGGAGAAUGCAGCUUGCCGUCUUACAGCACGGAGGCAUUGCAGGCCAUGAGGGCGUCUGAUAGUUGACUUUAUCUCAGUCAAAACUUCUGGAGACCAACGGGCUGGCCAGGUUUGCCCGAGACGACAGAUUGACAUUCGUUCGUGACCAUGUCCAAAGGACAAAGUAAAACAAGAAGAUUGGCCAAAAUAUUGGGAUUGAUCGAGAGAUUUGGAGGAGAUCAUGGCUUUGCUGUGAAGAGAGUCGACCAAGACUAUGACUAUUUAAUGGUGCUGGACUUUGAGUCGACAUGCUGGAAGGACUCGAGGAAAGUCGUCAACCAGGAGAUCAUUGAGUUCCCCGCCGUGCUGCUAGACUUGAGCAAUGGCAAGUUUGUUUCAGAAUUCCACGAGUACGUGCAACCAAUGGAGUCGCCGAGGCUCAGUGAUUUCUGCAAGGAGCUCACGGGCAUCUCACAGGCACGAGUGGAUGACUCAGCACCACUGGGAACAUGUCUGCACCUCUUCUCCAAGUGGGUGCUAGAGCUCCGCACCAAAUAUGGUGUCUACUUUGUUGGAGAAGAGCCAUCUGCCGCUACUAAUAUCAGCCCAGGCCGUGAUCAGGUACAGAAGCAGAAACAGCAGACACCGCAACAUGCCCAGCCCUUCAAGAAGUGUGCACUCGCCACUUGGUCUGACUGGGAUCUGGGCGUGUGCUUACUGUACGAGUGUCGUCGGAAGCAGUUACGCAAACCGCAGUUCCUUAACCACUGGAUUGACAUCCGUGCUGUUUACCGGAGUUUCUACAACCGCAAGCCGAAGGGCUUGGCAGGUGCGUUGUCUGAGUUACGUAUGACGUUUGACGGCCGUGAGCACUGUGGACUGGACGAUGCACGGAACACCGCUCUGCUAUGUUACCGCAUGGCUCAGGAUGGUCACCGGUGGAAGAUCACAAAAUCUCUCGAAUCACCUCAGCAGAUUGUGCGUCAGCCUGCAAAGCUGCCGUCUGAGCAGCAUCUGAGCAGCACAGUAACAGCGAGUAACAGUAACACCAGCUGUGUCAACGGCAGUACCAGUGGCGAUGACAUUGGUAAUGGUCGUCAUGCUGAGCUGUCCGCCGCUUCACCUGUGCUGCCAGUCCGAUCAUCUCUACACUCCGCUGCUAGUUCCACAACAACUGCUAACCCUCCGCGUCCUCUUCAUAUUGCAAGUGAGCAACGCUGUUGUCAGCCGUCCAGUGCGGCACACACGCAUACCACUACGAUAAGUGCUGGAUCAACUUCUCCUGGCAACGCACUUUCUGCUACAUCGGCUGUGGCUGCAUCUGCUAUUGCUGCUGUUGGAAUGCCAGGUCAGAACCUAUCCACAACAACAACAGCAUCAUCACUACUACACAACGACAACCGCAGCGUGACCAAUGCCUGUCUCAAUCGCCCUCAACCUAAAGCACCCGCACAACCACCAUCGUCGUCGUACACAACAGUAUCAGCAGCAGCAGCAUCAGUGACACCUCGGCGGACACAACACACUUCAGUGUAUUCUUCUCGUCGACAUAUUGCCAGCAAGCCGACAGCAGCAGCAGCAGCAACUGGAGUGGCACCAUCACCGACAACAUCACCACCAUCAGCAACAUUGUCAUGUGUAAGUUCACGAGCAACAACGUAUUCACUCAGCAGCACUAGCAACACUGGAAACUCUACAAUAUCAGCUCCGGCGUCCUUCCUCAAUCGACCUAAACCAGCAGCAGUUGCAGCAGCGAGUACUGACGUUGAACCAGGUAGGGCACAGCCAGCUGAGCUGCUCGGAACUGCUCAGAGUGAGCCACACGCAUGCCCAGUGUCCGCUCGAGGCAGCAGUAACAGCGCAGCAUAUCCCGUUACGCAGCCCAUACAGACGCAAGGAUUGACAAAUGUCGCAUGUACCUACGCCACUCAUCACGAGCAGAAUGGCAUGCGUGCGCAACCUAGAGAGAGCACAAACGAACGGAGUCGCAUGUCCACACACACGACACGUGAACGUGCAGUUGCGAGUCGCUCUCUCAAGAAAAGCACAGCCCAAGACCAGGCGUCUGCGCAACAGUGCUCUACUGUACUGGGAUCCGUUCGAACUAACGUUCAGCAACCUCACUCCCGGUCGAACUCGUCAUGUACCACGCUGAUGGCGCCACGCACUUUACUCGACUCUGGACCCAGUGGUAUGAUGACAUCAUCAUCUAGUGAUAUGGCAUCGUCUGCUAGUACGCCGGGCCACUCUAGGUCAGGCGUAGUCACUAGUCAAACACGUCGUCGCCUUGGAAACAGCACCAUUCUGACACCGGCAAAGCGUGUAUGUGUACGCGCUGCUGCGUCGUCGCACAGCCAGUCUGUUGCCUCGCUACCGCAGACUGGGUCUGUUCAGUACUCAUCGCGUGAGCUGUCCGUGGGCCAGGGCCAACCGAUGCAGUCACUGCCCCAUGACCAGUCACCUAGGGCAACAUCGCGUGACCUCGCACCCGGUCCGGGCACUGUGGCAACGGGGACUUCUGGUGGCGAUGUUAGGAACGUGUCGACACCGGCAGGCGACGCCAUACCGUGUGGCCAGUACGUGUCUGCUCCGUCUCUGCCGCCGCCCCAGAAUACUGCUGACCCGGGAGCUGUGGGAGAAUUGCCGGUCGUAGCUACUGUACGUGAUUGUAGCACUGCAUCUAGAGGCUGCACUGGCAUAGCAUCUAGCCAUACUGAAUCAGUGCAUGAGACCACCACACACUGUACUGCACCUGUUGCUAGCACGAACAGUUCUUCGGCCCAGCUCAACGGCACAGGCAUUAGUAGCAGCAGCGGCAGCAACGGCAGCGUAGGUAGCAGCAUCAUCAGCAGAACUCGCAGUAACCUAAGUAACGAUUCCCGCUCGGCGCCAGCGCUCAAUCUGAGCAAUGGCAGCUCCCGUCUGUCUAGCGGAUUGGCAGGUCCAGCGCCGCCAGCUGACAACUCUGCCGUGUCAGUCACAGCCAUGUCCACUAACCAGCUAACAUCACAACAACAACAACGACAACAACAGCAGCCAACAACAUCCACACCAGUAGGCCGACGUCCGCUAGGUUUACCAUCCUCAAUCAACCUAAAUCAUUCGGCCAUUCCAAAACGAUCAUCGUCAAGUAGUUUGUCUUCUGCCUCCUCCUCCACCUGUUCACCGCAGCUCUUCUCAAAGUCGUCCUUUUCGUCCGGUUCCAAUCUCGGCGAGGCCGUCCUCGCACCCGAGCUGCCCCGGCCGAUGUCCAUAAACGGCGGUGGGAUUACUCCGCCAAUGUGUGCCUGCGGCAAGCGUGUCCGUCGCUGCGUGGCCUCUAACCCGGGCCCGAACCAGGGCCGCACGUUCUACACGUGCGCGGUGAAGAAUCGCCGUAGCAACGGCGGCUCGCCAGCAUCACUCGGGGCCAAGCAGCGUGGCUGCGCCUACUUCCAGUGGGAGAGCAAGAAGUUUGUGACGUCAUGCAACUCUCUCGAUGACAUCACAAACUACUUCCCGCCAGCGCCAUCAUCAUCCACAAGUUACAACGGGUCAUCAUCAUCAUCAUCAACAACAUGUAGAUCUGCUAACAGUACUAAAGCAUGCAGUACUCGUACAGGCAGUUACGACACCGGCGCAUCCGAUAGACCUAGUCAUGGCGGCACAGCCUGUGCUACUAGUACGGCUGAUAGCGCUGGUCAAUUCUCCAACGUGAGUGAUGACAGCGACUGUGUAGUACCCUACAGCUUACUACCAGCACUGUGAGGCACUGUGAAUGACUGUGAGGCACUGUGAGCAUCGAGUGGCUGAUACCUCACAUUUUACGUUGGUGACCAGCCUUAUUAGUUGUGACUAUUGAAUACCCAUUCCUCAAUGUGUGUAGGCUCAACUGUAGCCACCUCAUCUCUCACACAGUCAUAAUACGCCAAUAACCAAGAACGGUCUCUCGGCCAGGCCUAUCAAAACCUUUGGAUUGAGCUUUAUUUUUAGAAUUGUAGGCGAGAUACCGUUUUAAGUAGCAGUGUA